AUGUCUUCAAUCACGCUAGUCUCGUUCUUGAGUGGGGGGUCGUGGAAGAAGUGGGGAGAACAUUCCUUCCUCGCCCAGACUACUUGGGAAUAUCUCCAUUAUCUGGAUCGCAGGCUGGAAGGCGAUGGAACUGCCCCUAGGAGAGAAAGUAAGGAGACGAAGCCCUUCAAGGAGGCCGGAUUUAUCAGCGUGAAGUGGUCGGGUUCACUCCUUCUAAACACGGGGAUUUUAGCCGUAACUCGAUUGGGCGAGCUGGCCGACCACUACAUAAAACGCCAUCAGUCCAGUUCGUUCGCUCCUAUUCGUGGAAUGGAAGAGAGAGAGAUUGCUAUAGUUCGAGGAAAUCGGGAUCGGGAAGAAGAGCAUGCAGCCAUGAGACUUGUUUUCCUUAUUAGAAAGCAAACCGAAGUAGAAUGGCUCAACUUUGUCGACCCUAAAGCGAGCUUGAAGAUAAGAACGAAAGCAGAGGAAGAAGGGGAAGGACCCCCGACUAAGACCUUCAAAUGCUCUACCAGGAGGUCCUGCGCAAAAGGAGCUAAAGAGAUAGGAAAGAUAGGUAGCUAUUGCACCCGCGUUCACAUGUCCUUGGAUUGGCAUAGAAGGCCACCUGGAGUUGACACUUAUUCGAUAAGGCCCCGAUUGAAUCGAUCUGAAACUCCGCUCUCGCCCCUUCUUGGCGUACCGAAAGUCUAA